CUAGUUUUACUGCUGUCUAUCAAACCAGCAGCUACUCAUUCUGGUGAAAUUUAAAGAUUCUUUUUGUUGUCGAAAUAUUGGUCAUCUUUUUUAUCGUUUUGUCAUCUCCACUCUUUCAACUUGUUGAAGAGGGAGAAAAAAUGGUUUUAGUUUCACUUUGGUUAAUCCAACAGAGGGUUUUGGCUUACCUCCGGGCAGUGACAGCAAUGGGUAUUUCUUUUCCAUCAUCAUCAUUGGCAUCGUUGUUGUCUUCUACUAUUGCACUAAUUAGGUCAAGAUGAAAGUACAUGUCUUGAUAUUUUACAAUUUCACUAAAGUUGUCUGAAAAUUGACAUUAGUAUUAAAACCACAAAUUUAAAUUGAGAAGCGUUGUUCAGGUCAAAAAUUUGGGUGUUGCGAAUAUUUAUUGAAAUUGGCAGGUCCAGCUCCUGGAUUCAGAAGGACAGAGUUGGCUCUGCCAGAUGUUUGGUAGUUCACUGAGCUACCCUGUGUUUUUUGUAAAUCUUUGAAGCACUCAUGCUUCCAUGUUCCUGAAUUUUGCAGUGCAAUCCCUUGAACUUCUUAUGUUUCCCUUGCUGGUCAUCUGUCAGUACUUGAGUUGCCCUUUCAUUGUUCACAAUAAUGGAGCAUUUUCUUGGCAUCAAAUGUUUUUGGCCUCAUCAAACAUCAUUUUCUUUAUUUUACAGGAACUAUUCCAAGAAAGGGUUGUUAGUCGUAGGGAAAUGGAGUUCAGCAGAUUGAAAGAGGAGAGGGAGGAGCGAGUCAAUCAAAUUAUUCAAUCAAGGAAGCAGGAGAGGGAGGUUAGGAGGAAGAUGAUAUUCAAUCUGAAAUCAGAGGAGGAGAGACUGGAAAAGUUUCGUGAAGCGGAGGAGGCCAGAAAGCGGGAAGAAGCAGAGAGGCGGAGGAAAGAGGACGCUGAACGCAAGGCCAAGUUGGAUGAGAUAGCCGAAAAGCAGAGGCAACGAGAGCUGGAACUGGAAGAGAAAGAAAGGCGGCGGAAAGAAGAGGAGGUUUUUAGGAAACCCACUGCUGCCCCUCCAAGGCCUUCUGAGCCUUCUGCCAUUGCCCACCCAUCAGAGCCAGUUCCUGUGGCUCCAACUGCAGCUGCACCAGCACCUGGAAAGUAUGUCCCAAGGUUCAAACGGGACAAGGGUGAAAGUUUGAGCCAGGCCCCACCUCUACAAGCAGAUAGGUGGGGUAGUGGCGGCAGACAGGAUGAUCAAGCAUCGCAAGAAAGUGACAGGUGGCGUGAUGACCGCAGACCCUCAUUUGGCAGUGGUGGUGGCGCCCUGAGGUCGACCUGGUCAUACUCUAAGACCCGUGGUUAAUGCCGACCUGUUUGUUAAAGUGGCCUUGGAAGUAAAGCAUGCAUAUGCAAUUUUGACCCCUCACCAAAAAGCUUCUGCGACAUUCACAGUGGCAUUGCUGCCGUCUACUGCAUCCGGGAUUCAGCCGCAUUCUUGGAUUUGGGAUUGCUUUAUCCGAAGAACGAUUCGCCUUUUUAAAUUUAUUUGUGUUUGAAUACCUAAAUUUUUUUACUACUUCAAGUUUUUGAUGGUGUUUUUUGCAUUGGAGUCCUCUCAUUUUAGGGUUCUUUUUGAUUUAUAAUAAUUAUUUUCUCUGGAACAAGUACUUUUGUUUCAGCUUUGAAUUUCC